UAAAACUUAAUUCGCAGGCACAGAGGAUUUAGCUAGGGGGAAGGAAGCUUCUAGUAUUGUCAUGACGGACGGUGAUAGGAAGACGUGUGCAACCUACAGAGCAUCCAGUGGCACCACCAGUUCCCUAACAGUCACCCUCUCCAGCGACAGCAAUAUCUACUACAACGUGCACGAAGUGGAGCUUGACUUGCAGAUCUACACAACUGCAGCCAUUUCUUCCAACUUGAAUGAAGGUGUAGAGCUGCAGGUCUUUGUGCAAACUACUUCUUCAUCCGUGUUGUGCAAGCGUUUGGGUGUCUACGAUUCUGGCGCGUACAGGUUCACAUGCGCGACUGAGGAAGUCGGCUGGUCAAAGAUGAAGAUAAAUCUACUGCAUCGUGAUAAGAGAUUUCAAACUAAAGUCUGUGAAAUUCAGGUGUACGGCAGCCGAUACACAGGCGAGUGUGAGAGACCCCCGAUUGUGGUUGGAGCCCGGGCCAAUUUUACAAGCACCUACUGGAAUUCAACGGCUGUAUACAGCUGCGUCCCUCCCUACCGCUAUGCUGGAGGGAACCCUGUCAUAACAUGUCACUUCGGAGGAUACUGGACUACCCCUUCUAUUUUCUGUAAAGAAAUGGAGAAUCUGGCCCGACAAGCUGCGUCUCUACUGCCAGCUGUGAUCGACGACGACAGAAGCACGUGUGAUGACGUUGAUGAGAUAGAGCUGAACCUGAUGACUCGUAGCGAGGUGCAAUGGAUCGUCGUAUCUACAAGUCUAGAGAACUCAGACAUGUCUGUGACGCUGACGAUCAGUGGCAGCAAGACGUCCAAAACCUGCCUGAGGAUCUACCCUUCGGCGUCAAUGGAAGGAUACGAUAUGACAGCGUUCAUAUGUCAAGGAUACCCGUUUGCAGACACGGUGAACGUCACAGGAGGAUCUUCAAACCCAGUUUGUGAGAUCGAAGUGUAUGGACGAAGUGCAUCACAAGGUGCUCUGCAGUGCAAACAGCAAGACAAUGGACGCGACUACAAAGGCGACUUGAACUUCACCGUCACGGGCAAGCCUUGCAUCGUCUGGCCGGACAUUGGCUACUCAAUCGAAAACUUCCCAGAUUACUCCUUCCAGGAAAUCGGCAGCAAAUGCCGGGCACCUUCAACGACAGCCUACUACCCGUUCUGUUACAUAUCACCUUCUCAGAUCGAAUACUGCCCCAUACAACUUUGCGACAGCGUGUGUCGUCAAGGAGAUGGUAGAACCUACUCUGGAAGAAUCGGUAAAGCUAAUGGUACGUCCUGCGGCCACUGGAACUCUCUAGCUCUUAAUGAAUUGGUCUUCACUGGCAUAGAUUCGGGCGCAGCCAGCUCUUACUGCAGGAACCCACUUGGUUCCAUGUCAAGACCGUGGUGCUACAAGGAAACGGGGGCCCCUUCCUUGUGUUCCAUCCCUAUUUGUCCAACCAGUGUAGCCGUGGAAACAUCUCUACCCGUAUCUUCUCCCCGAGCAAAGGCAACAUGUUUUUGCUGGUACAACAACUACCCAGAUUCAUAUCGUACCUACCCCGACCGUGCCGUGAGCGACGCUUUUGACCAAUGUUCUCGUUGGGGUUUCGCGAUAAUGAUGUGUUAUACAGAGGAUGUGUCUUGGACCUUUUAUUCCAUAGGGACGUACGUGAGCAGCAGCAGUGUUUAUGAGACAUCAAGUACACAAGAAGUUCCACUCAUCUCUAGCACUCCCCCUGAAGUCCGCUUUACUAGCAGUACCUUUGAGGUGACUUUGACCAGCAGAUUAACAAACAAGCCCUUGACCAGCAGUAACCCUGCGGUGUCCUUGACCAGCUGUAACCCUGCGGUGACCUUGAGCAGCAGUACCCCUGAGAUAACCUUUAUCAGCAGUACCCCAGCGGUUUCCUUGACCAGUAGUUCACUCGAGGUAACCUUGACAAGCAGUACCACUGAUUUCCAAACCUACAGAAAUGUAACACCUGUAGGCACCAGUUUGGUCCAGUCUUCAUCCGUUUCGACAAACUACUCUUCAAGCAAAGCAGCUUAUAACUUGUCAGCCUCCUCAUCCUCCUUUUCAAGCAGUGACCAGUCCUCAUUUGUCCCUUCUGUCUCUUCUUCAAGCUAUAAUCUUUCCUCUUCACCAUCUAUUACCGAUGUUGAACUGAACAUUUCCUCUACCUUCGAACCAUCAACACAGUCGUUCCAUAGUCUUUCGUCAGUGGUCGCCAUGUCCAGCUCAACGCCAUCGACUACAGUGGGUACUACGGAGGUUCCAACCACAACGUCGACACCAACAACCACACCGGCGCUAAAACAAAACUGCCAGUGUCGCUGCAAGAGGAAUCUCAGUCCUGCAGCUUUAUCUGAAGUCAUGGACGAAAGGAAGGCGAACUUGACCGUGAAUCCCCGAGAAACGGCUGCCUUUCUCCGGAAGAAGACGAGCGCCAAAGACAAACGUCCAACUGCAACCGUGUCCGGGACGACCUGCCUCGCCAUCGUUUCCGUCAUGUUCUCCUGCAUCUUCAUCCCGGAUAUUAUUAACGUUGUCUCCUUCUUCACCAAAUGCAUCAAGAAGUGAGGGUCGUUCCUGAUGUGAGGGGAACAGAGGUUAGUGGUAAAAGCGUUUGCUCCCCACGCCGAAGGCCUGGAAUCGAUUCCCCAUGGAUACAAUGUGUGAAGCCAAUUUCUGGUAUCCCCCGCCGUGAUGUUGGUGGAAUAUUGCUAAAGCGGCGUAAACCAAUACUUACUAAUGAUGUGAGGUGUUUGAGAUGGACAGUAACUAUUGCAUUUGUGGCUAUCUUACAUAAGUUUUUGUCUUUUUGUGUCCAUGCUCUUGAAGUUGUUGCGUAGAAGUGUAUUUUAUCAUUCUUCUAGGUGUAUAAUGUUCACUAUUAAUAUUGAUACUUUGUUCAUAAAUGUUUGAUUAGCUCUCGUUCCUUAACCACUCAUCUGGUUUGUUUGACCUUCACCCGACAGAUUGCCGUAUUUGGGAUGGAGGUAUAAUUACUGACUAGAUCAUGUUUUCGAAGUACAAAAUCUGUAAGGUGUUAAUAGUUCAUCGUCCCUGAUUAUUUAAUUGUAUUUACCGAUCAUUGUUAUAUCCGACAUUCACAAUAGUAGACUUACACUAUGCAGUUGUCGAGGGUCCGUGAAAAUUGUAAUGUUGUAAAUCUGAUGCACGCUUCUGUAGUAGGCCCAUUCCACAGUGACAUCCAUUUGGCUUUGUGUGUAUUGUCUUUUAGAGAAGGUGGUAGACAUGAUAAUGGAAUACAUAUAAUAAAUGACACAUUCCACAGUAGAUGUCCCAAAGUACUAGGCAUAUUUUUAACCCAUGGAUCGGAUGAGCUUUCAUUUAAACAC